CGUACUAUACGAAGCUUUACCCCCGGCAGUGACUUCAGACUGGGGGGUUUUCAGUGUGAAGACAACAACCUUGUCUUUCUUCACAUCAUUUAAUGCUCACUGGGAAUAAACUAAUCAGAUCUAAAGGUCCGGUCAGCAGCAGCAGAUUCUCCUACAGCCACCAUGAAAAUAGCAGCUUUCAACAUCCAGAAGUUUGGAGUAAACAAAGUGUCAGACCCAGAUGUCCUAAAUAUCCUGGUUAAGAUCGUGUCUCGAUAUGAGAUCAUUGUGAUCCUGGAGGUGGUGGACGUCAGCGGAGAGUCUGUUAAAACCUUUCUGGAUGCUCUUAACAAAGCCAACAAUAAGCAUCACUACACUCUGAAGAUCAGCAGUCGUCUGGGCCGGUCGCGCUACAAGGAGCAGUUCAUGUUCCUGUACAGGGAUGACUUGGUUGACUUGGUGGGCUCCUAUCAGUUUGAUGACCAGGUUACUGAGGGGGGAGACGUUUUCGCCAGAGAUCCCUACAUCCUGAGGUUCAGAUGCCUCAGUACAGUACUGAAGGACCUGGUGAUGAUCCCAGUUCACACAAAACCAGAGGACUCGGAGAAGGAGCUGGACGAGCUCUAUGAUGUCUUCCAGCACGUCAAGGAGAAGUGGAGGACCGAUAACGUGAUGAUCCUGGGAGACUUUAACGCAGACGGUGCGUACGUGUCCAAGAAGGAUAUGAAGAGCAUCCGGAUCCGCAGCGACCCCAACUUCCACUGGCUGAUUGGAGACGAUGUGGACACCACGGCCAGCACCCGAAACAACCACACGUACGACAGGAUCGUGGUGUACGGAGACGACAUGGUCCAGGCUGUCGUACCAAACUCUGCCAAACCCUUCAACUUCCAUAAUGCGUACAGACUCAGUGAGGAGCAGGCUCUGAAAGUGAGCGACCAUUACCCUGUGGAGGUGGAGCUGAAGACUUUGACUAACAAAGCGCAUGAAGAGGAUGGUAACUGGCACAAUUAUCAGCAGCCUAAACCGGCCCAGUCAAGGCUGGUGGUUGUGGACGAAGAUCUGCUGGAGCUGAAGAGAGGAAACCUGCUGCUGGAGAGGGAGAAGCUCAACCUGGAGAUCCAGAUCCUUCGGAUGAAAGUGGCCAGUAUGAAAAGCAGAAAUGAAGUUUAAAAUCAGGAAGCACGGUCCGACCAAAGCUCCCAACAGAAAAUUAAAAUCCUCUUGUGACCCGUGACAUACAGAACCUCUACCUGAUCAUCAGACCAGACACUCGCUGGUCACUUGACUCUGCAUUUGCUCUGGGUUCACGCCACAUUACCUCAGGCUCCAUCCUGGAUUGCCGCUCGCUCAGCGAUAUGAACUGACAGAGAUGAACUUUCUUUAUGUUUUGACGUUAGACUGAAUCAAAGUAUCAAGUUGUCUGUUUUGUUGUAAUAAAUUAUAACUGGGUCAUUAUUUA